AAGCAGUACCACUGACGAGAAGGAGCCAAGGUUUUCUGCUACUUCUGCGUUCUUCAUUGUAGCGCAGAACUGGAAAUUGUGAUUUCCAAGAUUUGUUCCUGCUUCAAAAGAACAUACUGUACUACAGUUUCGAAGUCCAUUGCUAGAAGGAAGUAGGACGGAGUCAUCACGCGUUCCAGGAGCGAGUUUUGAAGUCUGCGUGGGUAAAUUCGAAGCGCAGUGAGGCGAAAGCACGGCCACCUGUGAACGCGAGACGUGCCUGUGUUUCAGGGAGGAGGCAUGGGUGUUGAGUCAGGAUGUCAGGACACGGUGCGCUGGCAUGAGCAAUAUUUAGGUCCACCAAGCGCACCAGAGGAUCUCUUCGUGGUCCGCCUAAACUCAACUUCAGCGACAAUCAAUUUCAAGGCUCCAAAGCAAGAAGAGCGAGUACACGAAUAUCAUUGCUCCUACACCAGUGAGGAAUGUGGGGGUGAAGGCCGAUGGGUUUGCAGCAGGCCUAGAGUUGCCAAUUGUACUGUAAUUGGCACAUUCUUCUGGCGAUAUGUGAAUGAGAGCAGCAGUCUACCUGUGACUUUGAGUGACCUCUGUGCGGGAAAAGCGUACAGGAUUCACAUCCGCGCAAUUAACGACAAAGGCUACGGACUAUACUCGUAUACGCAGCUUGCCGCCAAUGGUAGCAGAUCUAAUAAUGGGACCUCGUCCAGUCCAUCCAGCACCUCAAGUCCAACGAAGACCUCGUCAAGGCCAUCCAGCCCCUCGAACACAACGGAGACCUCAUCGAGUCCAUCCAGCCCCUCGAACACAACGGAGAAACCGCUAAUCAUUCUAGAUCAACCAAGCCGACCGAAGGUGAUCAACUCUGUCCGCCUGAGCUCAGCUUUAGCGGCAAUCAAUGUCAAGGCUCCAAAGCCAGAAGAUCGAGUAGCGGAAAUUUAUAUCUAUUACUCCAGUGCGGAAUGCAGGGGUAACAAACGAUGGAAUUGCACCAGGCCUAGAGUUAACAGUUGCGCUCUACUGGGCUUCCUCUACUGGCAAUAUGUGAAUGAGAGCAGCAGUCUACCUUUGAUUGUUAGUCGCCUCUGUGCGGGACAAUCGUACGAUAUAUACGUCAACGCAGUAAACGAGCAAUUCACCUUUGGACCUAGCUUGUGGCUUUACGUCGAUGGAAAUGUUGAUGGGAUCUGGCCCAGGCCAUCCAGCCCCUCAAACACAGCGGAGACCUCGUCCAGUCCACCCAGUCCAUCCAACCCAACGGAGAACCCGCUAACAACCCAAGCAAGAAACUGGUGGACAGGACCUGGUGACAAGCUGACGGCGGAUUUCGGCACUACCCAACUAGCACUCGGUGGCAUGAUGCUAUUCAGCCUGUUCUUGAUAGCAAUGCUGGUCUGCCGUGCAUGUCGUCUUGGGACUCGGGAGCAACGAUGGGGAACUCGCCGAUGUCCAAAUCCUGCGACCAGAUCAAGGGAUUUUGAUUGUGUGGUUUGGCGCCAACCCAGCGGUGUAGAGUCUACUUGCAAUGAUGAGACUCAAAUGGCCGUGAUGAACCGAAAGGAGGAGGAAGUUGAAGACGUUCUGAGCAGCGGUGGUGACCUCCAGGGCAGCUUGUCCAGUCAAGCCAACAGCCAGGUACACGUGCGUGUGUUUGAUCCGGAGGAGACUAGCCGCAAGGACCAGCUACAGUGCGCACAAAAUGUCAGUGAUGAAGACAGGGACCGGAUUUCGGAUACUUGGAGUGCCGCUGCCUCCAUUGAAUCAUAUGUGUUCAGAAAUAACUUCUUGGUUCCUGAAUUGGCAAAUGAUGGGCAGUCACUGUCACCCACGCCAUCAGUUGCACGAGAUUGUUAUAGGCCACCAGCACCACCACCAACACCAACACCAACACGAGCACCCCCACCAACAACAACAUCACCAACAACAACAUCCUUGUCAUCACCCCUGGCAUCACCAGCAUGUGAACCAGCAACAAUCUGUCUUCCAUUAAGAUCAUCAUUAUCAUCAACAUUGAUUCGGAUUACAGCACCACCAUCUUCACCUGUAUCGUCACGCAGUGUGACUUUGGUACUGUCGCCUCAGCGGCUGAUUAACGUUCAGUCACCACCUCCAUCGCCGGCUUCAACUGCAGCAGCUAUGCUUGCGCAAACAACACCACCAUCAUCUCCGCCACCUACAUGCAUGCCCUCAACACCACUGGGGUCACCUCCACCUCAUCCACCUCCGCCGCCGCCUACCCCACCAAGUAUGCUGGUACCACCCGCAGGGGUGAGAGGCCAGGUGGGCAGGAGGAAUCAGGACAGCCAGGUGGUGUUGACGGCAAGGUCCUCGACAGAGGCUGAGUGAGUUUAGAACGGCGUUGCUGUGUGUGUCUUUGCCUGAAAUUGUUUGCUUGACAGUGUUUGGUUCAGGCACAUGUUUUCUUCCUUGGUGCUUUCAUGCUGUUAGAAUUGAGUGGAAUGUGAUGUCCAAGUGUUCAAUGUGAUCUUAACGUUAUGAACGUGCAUAUCGCUGUGCACUUUGCUGUGCAUAUUGAUGUGCACGUUGCAAUCCAUAUUUCCUUAUACAUGUAACUUGCUGUGCAUAAUUGGUGUACAAGCUGCAGUGCAGAUUGCUGCACACCCUGUUUCACACAGUUCAUACAUUGUAUAGUGAUGUUACUUCAGGCUGUUUACUCAUUAGCACUUUUGACAUUCCAAACUU